AUGGGAGAUUUCUUCAAUGUGGCAUCAUCAGCCAUGGCUGUUUCAGAACACAAAAAAGAAGAAAAAGAAGAAGAAGAUGAUGAUGAUGAGAAGUACACAAAAGAUGGAACUUUGGAUUAUCACAACAACCCUGCGAUCAAACACAACACAGGAACCUGGAAAGCCUGUCCUUACAUUCUUGGGAAUGAAUGCUGUGAAAGACUAGCAUAUUAUGGGAUCAACACCAAUCUGGUGAACUACCUCAAAUUCCAGAUGAACGAGAGCAAUGUAGUCGCAGUAAACAACGUUAACAACUGGUCGGGAACCUGCUACGUCGCGCCGUUGCUCGGCGCAUUCCUCGCCGAUGCGUAUCUCGGAAGAUACUCCACCAUUGCUGCUUUCUCGAUCGUCUACGUCGCCGGAAUGACGAUACUGACGCUGUCCGCAUCGAUCCAUGGAUUGAAGCCGCGGUGUGAUGAAGCUAAAGUCUGUCAUCCGACGGGGUUCGAGGCCGGGGUGUUCUUCGUCGGGUUAUAUUUGAUCGCGCUCGGGACGGGAGGGAUCAAGCCAUGUGUGUCGCCGUUCGGCGCCGAUCAGUUCGACGAUUCCGACGAGGGCGAGAAGAAGAGCAAGAGCUCUUUCUUCAAUUGGUUCUACUUCUCGAUCAACAUCGGCGCGCUCGUCGCAUCAACUGUUCUUGUUUGGAUACAAACGAACGUCGGAUGGGAGUGGGGUUUUGGCAUCCCGACGGUGGCGAUGGCCCUGGCGGUGGUCACCUUCUUCUCCGGCACGCGGCGGUACCGGAAUCGGAAGCCCGGCGGGAGUCCCCUGACCCAGAUCACCCAGGUCGUCGUCGCCGCGAUCAGGAAAUCGGGAUUGGACCUGCCAAAGGACGAAACGGGACUUUACGAAACAUCGGAUCAAGAAUCAGUUCAAGGAAGUCGGAAGCUUGAGCAUACCGAUAAGCUGAGGUUCUUCGACCGGGCUGCGAUCGAGACGGAAUCCGAUAGGCGAAACGGAACGGUGAAUCCGUGGAGGCUCUGCACGGUGACUCACGUCGAAGAGCUGAAAUCCGUAGUACAGCUUCUGCCGAUAUGGGCGACGGGGAUCGUUUUCAGCGCGGUGUACAGUCAAAUGGGGACGCUGUUCGUCCUCCAAGGCAACACAAUGGAUCUCCGAAUAACGAAAUCCUUCGACAUCCCUUCGGCGUCUUUAUCGUUAUUCGACACCAUAAGCGUCAUCUUCUGGGUUCCUGUCUACGACAGGAUCAUCGUGCCCGUAGCUCGAAAGCUGACAGGGAACAAGAACGGCUUCACUCAGCUCCAACGAAUGGCAAUCGGGCUCGUGAUUUCGAUCAUUUCCAUGGUCUCCGCGGCAACUCUGGAAACGAUACGGCUGCGCAUCGUGAAGGAGCACGGAUACUACGAGCUCAAGCACAUUCCCCUCUCGGUAUUCUGGCAAGUCCCGCAGUACGCCCUAAUAGGUUGCGCCGAGGUUUUCACGUUCAUUGGGCAGCUGGAGUUUUUCUACGAACAGGCCCCGGAUACAAUGCGGAGCCUCUGCUCGGCGCUGUCGCUGACGACGGUGGCUGCCGGGAAUUACCUAAGCAGUUUGCUGGUGAAGCUGGUAACAGAAGUUAGCACAAAGAAUGGCAGCCAUGGAUGGAUACCUGAUAACCUCAACUAUGGGAAGCUUCAUAACUUCUUCUGGCUGUUGGCUGUGCUGAGUGUCGCAAAUCUCGGGUUUUAUUCCGUCGUCGCAAAAUGGUAUACCUACAAAAAACCGGUAGAAACAUCAGCAAUGUAAUAGCGAAAGCCGAAAGCUUUUCGAAUCGUAUUCUGUCUGUACUGCAAAAACUUAAAUAAAAGAAACAAAGUUUCAGUCA